CUUUAAUAACGUCAGAAGUGCUAGCAAUUGCAAUAUAAUACUGACCUUUCAUGUUCUCCACGACGACAACGCGGAUGCAUCCUUGUCCGCUGAAAGAUGUAGAUUUAUUUGCCAUCGUUCGUACGUGGGCGAACAAUUCUUGGCACCCGAAUUGAAAAAAAAUGAAGGCAACGUCUGCUCUUUGGUUCCCGUACGCGUCGGGGUUGCUCUUCGCCGUGGGGAUGCUUGUGGCCUGGAGUGGGUUGUACCACUACAAGGGGACGUGGAACAUGGAACGUACGAGCGCGUUCCAGUGGGAGGUGGAGCGUGUAGAGAGGACAACCACGGAAACUACAAGGCGCACGCACUUUGCGCUUCGCAAGGUGUCGCUGAACCCACGGGAGGCUUACGACAACUUCGAAGAGCACGUCGACGACGAGGCAGCGCACUUCCAGGCCGGCGUGCGACCCCCCACACUGCUGUUCGUGCCGGGGAACCAGGGCAGCUGGAAGCAGAUGCUGAACCUGCACGAGUUCUACUUGAAAGGCUCCUUCACCGGAGCGGUGCACUUUUUUUCGCUGGACUUCGCGGAGCAACCCACUGCGUUCAGCGCACACAUCUUACGCAACCAAGCGGAGUUCCUUCGUGCGUCCGUCGUGAAGCUGACGGAUCGCCGGACCCGUUGGGGGGAGGAGCACGAGCAGCAUCUUCGGGGAGAGCGUGGCGAGAAGGUGAAACAAGCAACAAGGUCGAGGCGCAAUCACUCGCUGGUGCUCGUGGCGCACUCCAUGGGAUACCUGGUAGCGAAACACGCACUGUACCUAUACCCGGCGCUUCGCAAGCGUGUAGACUACGUUUUCUGCAUCAGUUGCGUGCAGCGAUUCCACCCCUUUCUGUUUCUGGACGCGAAACUCGCGCGCUUGGCGGAGGAGGAGGUUGUGCCCGACGAAGCCGUGAAGGUACUGGGCGUCAGUUCCGGGGCCCGAGACGAGUUGCUGUCACCCGAGUUCACGUGCCGUGCCGACGGUUCCAUUAUUCCGACAAUAACUAUGAAGAACGUUUACAACGACCAGACGCACGUUUCUCUGCUCUUCUCGCGACCGGUGUUGCAUCGUUUGGGUUCGGUAAGCCUGCCGCAGCUGCAUCGUCCGCGCAGGAAGUCCGCCAGUAAAAAAGGUAGUAGCACUACUUCUACUUCCUCCACCGAGCAGCAGGACGAAGAUGCACAGUCCUCUUCGAAGGCAGGGGACGUCUCCAUUAGCACCGAUGAUGUGGACCAGGGAUACGCAGAUGCGCUGGACAGCCUACGGUCCCCGUUUUUCCGGCUCAACUCGCUCUUCGCGGAAGUGGGGAACGCGCGCGGCGGACUUCGGAAAGAGUUGCUGGACACGCACCAGCUCUACGAGCUGGAUGUGGCCCUGCCGGAAGCGAAAAGCCUCAGGGAGGGGCGCGCCGUCUUGCGGCUUGAAACCGACCUGGCGCGGUUGUUUCGCCCCGCACGGAUGAAGCACCUUGCUGAAGAGACCACAGGGAAGAAAACAUCAAGCUCCACCACUUCCAGGACCACCAUCAGGGGCCGCGAUACAGAUAAUUCAGCCGAUGCUCGGCCGCCGCUUUACGAGUGGGAGGUUCCGCACUCCGAGGAGCCCUUUGUCCUGGUGCUGCAAAAGGACUUCAACUCCGGACCUGCAGGACGUUUCCGGCAUUCCAAGCACGCUGGCGGCGAGCCGUUUGACCGGUUCGACGCGGAAGAUGUCAUUCAAUGCCAUGACGAAGUGAAAGUGUAUGCGCGCUACUUUGAGGUGUCCGAAGCAACGAAGAAGAAGGGCCCGCAGUAUCGGCCGCACAAGCGGAGCGAUUUUUCCGAGGUCUGGUCGCAGAUCAUGCCGGUCGGUUCUGUGUCGCAUCCCCAGAAGCUCUGCGUUUACCUGGUCCGCAAUAGCGUCGUGGGACAGCAGCCGGACGGUACGAAGCCCACGGGAAAAGGCAAAGCGGGGGACAGUCCGCCACGCACAGGAAAGCGCAUCGCGCGCACGACGCUGGAAUUCGACCCGUCGCGUCUCGUCGCGAUCGGUCCGGGAGACGCUUUCUUCGCGACACAGGAAACAAAAGCUCGGAAUAACAGCAGAGGAAAGAAAAGAGCGGUCGAAACGAAUGACGAGCAGCUAUUUCAUCUCUCGGACGAUGGGCAUGAUGUGGGUCGUGAGGAUCAUGAAGAUUUCGGCGGGAAAAUCGACGAAGAAGUGGAGGAUGGGAGAGGUGAAGUAAAUAUGAAGGGGUCCGCGAAGAUCUCAGCCGCUGCAUCCUCAGCCUCUAACCCUUCGAAAUUUCAGAUUCGUGGAUUCGCGGCGCACCGAGAAACUUGGGGGUUGAAUCGCCUCCGAUCGCUAACUUUGUGGGACUGGGUAUCUUCGUUGGUCGUGCCCCUGGAGGUGAUUCCGGCGGACUCGACUUCGUUAUUUACCUGGGUGGUGCUAUCGAAGGAUGAGUUAGACUACGAACUCUUUUCCUUCGAUUUUUUCACGGCUGCCUCGGAACAACCGCAAGAAUUGGACCACGCGACGAGUUCCGCUGCCUCUUCGGACUUUGGGGCGGGCCAGGGCCCUCUGGACGACGCCACCUCGGAGGGCCUCGGCCUCGCGUGGGACAGCUCCGGUGACUUGGCUUCGGUCGGGCGCCUCGGCUCGGCUGGUACCGCUGGUCUCACGAAAAGCAGUUGGCGAAAUAACCUCGGUCUGUUGGACGCAGAAAGCCAUCCGCGAGUAUGGAGCCCGCGUUUCUCCC